CUAAACAUACAUACAUAGUCCAAAAUGGGAGUUUCCAACUUCUCGUUCUCCCUUGCAAUUUGUUUCAUUUCCAUAGCCUUUGCUUUGGUCAAUCCCUCAUUUGCUCAAAAUGCACCACAAGAUUACCUGGACGCCCAUAACGCUGCCCGCGCGCAAGUCGGCGUCGGAGCCAUCAACUGGGACGAUAACUUAGCAGCCUACGCUCAGAACUACGCCGACCAAGCUCAAGCGGAGGACACGUGCGACACGCUGGUGCAUUCUCAGGGACCCUACGGCGAAAACCUAGCGGGCGGAACCGGAGAUUUCACCGGACGGCAGGCCGUGGAGCUGUGGGUGCAAGAAGGGGGUGAUUAUGACUAUGAAUCAAACUCAUGUGCGCCGGAUAAGGUUUGUGGGCAUUACACUCAGGUGGUGUGGCAGAAUUCCGUGAAUGUGGGCUGUGCCCGAGUUGUCUGCGCCAAUGGUUGGGCCUACGUCAUUUGCAGCUAUGAUCCCCCUGGCAACGUUAUCGGCGAACGCCCAUAUUAAUAAUUAGUAGGGUGCCCCUUAUUAUUUGUGGCGUUUUCGGUUGCCCACUGCAUUCUCUCUCUCUCUCUCCAUAUAUCUAUCUAUCAACUUGUGAUGGAAGUAUAAUAGUAUUGUCGGCAUAUGCCUCAUCUUUUUCAUGUUUUUUGUAGGCGUUCUCUCUUUUAUGUAAUUUUUACUUUCUUUGAUAGAUUAAGUAUGAUAGAGUGGAUAUUUGAGUCGGGUUUACGUAUUAUUUCCACUCUUGUUGUUUAGUUUUGUAAAAGUGCGUGCUUAAGAAAACUUAGUGCGUACUAUAUUUAUCCAGAUUGAAAGAAAAUCAAUAGUAAAAUUUA